AAGCAACAAAUUAAAUCAAUGUUUUCCAUUUAACUUGACCAGCAUUAUGAUUACCAUAAAGACCAAUCAAAUUUGCUCCUUACAUAAAGUAGUUGCACCAACUGAUUUACACAACCUUAAACCAAAUAUGCCUUCAUUUUUCUUCAAUCCUAUUCCUUUCCAUGCCUUAAUACUCCUCUUAAUAUUGAACCUGUCUUGCUUGUUUAGCAACAUAGCUGCCAAACACGGCUCCUCCGAUCAUCAUCGUCACCAUAGCCCUCAUAGUCGUCAUUCUUCCGCUUCAAACCCGAGGCUGCAACGAGCUUAUAUCGCCCUUCGAGCAUGGAAACGCGUGAUCUACUCUGAUCCUACCAACUUCACUUCCAACUGGGUUGGCAGUGAAGUGUGCAACUACCGAGGUGUUUAUUGCGCGCAGGCUCUCGAUGACCCGAAAAUAAAAGUUGUUGCCGGAAUAGACCUCAAUCACUUGGAUAUAGCAGGGUUUCUCCCCGACGAAAUAGGCCUCUUGACUGAUGUGUCACUCAUCCAUUUGAAUAGCAAUAGAUUCUGUGGUAUAAUACCACAAACUAUAGCCAACCUUACACAUCUCUACGAGCUCGAUUUAAGUAACAACCGAUUCGUUGGCGGUUUUCCCUCUCCUGUCCUCUCACUUCCUAUGCUCGGGUACCUUGACCUUCGCUACAACGAGUUCGAAGGCACAUUGCCUCCCGAGCUUUUCCAGAAGAAACUCGACGCAAUAUUCGUUAAUAAUAACAGAUUCACUAAUGUUAUUCCGUCUUUCGUCACUGGAAGUACAGCUUCCGUGCUGGUAAUAGCUAAUAAUAACUUUUCAGGUCCCCUGCCACCGAGCAUCGCCAACUUCGCCGAAACUCUGGAGGAGCUUUUAUUAGCUAAUUCAAGUUUGACAGGGUGUUUGCCACCAGAAGUUGGUUAUCUUUAUAAACUGAGGCUAUUAGAUGUUAGCCAUAACAAACUAGUUGGUCCUAUACCGUAUAGUCUCGCAGGGUUAGCUCAUUUGGAGAGUCUCAAUUUAGCUCACAAUAUGAUGAGUGGAAUUGUGUCUGAAGGAGUUUGUGUGCUGCCAAGUUUGUCUAAUUUCACUUUCUCUGAUAACUUCUUCUGCGAGGAACAAGGCGUAUGCAUGAACCUGACGUCUAAAGGCGUUGCUUUCGAUGAUCGUCAAAACUGUUUGCCGGAGAAGCUGUUCCAGAGAACCAAGAAAGAAUGCAAUUCGGUGCUCGAGCAUCCCGUCGACUGCUUCGAGGAACACUAUGUUGGUGAGGGCAUGAGCGGAGGAGUUUUUGGCAGUUCAGCUCCGUUUAGUCAACCUGUUGCGCCUUCAGCCGCUCCUCUGAUGCCACCAUCUAUCGCUCCGAGCUCUACGUAAGCGAACAUUGUAAGAUACUUGUAGUAAAAUCAAAAUAAGUUUCUGAGUGAUCUUUGUAAAUAAGUUUGAUUAGAACAUGGGUGUAUAUAAUGCUUCAACGAAACUUCACAAACCUAUCAAAAUGAAGGCCAAACUGGAUCGUAUCUGUA